GCUCCUCCGGCUGAAAUUGUCGCCGCCCGCAGUGCCUGCACUGAUUAUUUCUAGUACUGCUAGCGGGCGCCUCGUACGCGGCAUCUCAAACGCCUGGCACUCCCUGGUUCACCUGCCUUUUACUAGCAUCGUCUUCCUGUGUUUCUCUUCCUUCUUCCUCACUUGCGCACACAUCGAGAAUUGAUCAGGGCUUCGUUGUCGUCCCCGUGGAGUCCUCCCGCGAGAUUGUGGCAUCGUCGGCUUUUGCUUCUGUUGGUCUCUUUCUUUUUGGUCCAUUAUUCGCACCGAAAACGCCCCUUGAUCCGUCCGCUUUCAAGUUCUGCUUUGUCCAGCCAAGCUAUCGUUGUCCGCCCAAAAUCACCAUUUUCCUACAGGCACACGACCUCAAUCUCGGCUGUCACGCGAGGUAUCUCGCGACAUCCGACGUUAAGAAUCUUGCGAGCAGGCUCAUCAAUCGAGCGAAUAUCCUUGCCGCUCUUUUUCGACUUUGUCACUCCUUUUGCUCUUUGAAUAAACCACUCCUGGCGGGUUUUCCCACGGCCUUCCCGCGCCUCUUCACCCUUCCACCUCUCACCGGGUCUGCACGUGACCAAUUCUCCGAACCUAGCGACACGCGACAUUCCAACGAUCCACAGCCUCGACUUUUUGCCCGUCUUCGCCCUCAGCACGUUACGGAUGAGCCAUUCUUGACUCUCUUCCCUAAUAUCGAUCUCUUCUACCACCAUUUUACCUAGAUCGCCAUCAAUGGCUUCAACCCCGGCGUUCACCAACGCUACGGCAGUCAUGGCCGACGCCGCAAAGCCUAACUUGGGCGGGGCCCAAUUCGCCUCGCACACUUGGAUGGAACCAAUUAUUGUGGUGUCGAUCAUGAUAGCUUCUCUCACAUUCAAUCGCCGGCGAGGCUACCGAAUCAUGGAUUCGAGUCGGGGUCGUUCACCAACACGAUCUCUCCUUCCGCGUGGUAACCGUGGACAAGAUGAAUGGUCUGCCGACAGCUCUGGUGCCGACGACGAUUCAUAUCUUUCCAACGAUUCAGAUCCCUUUACCUCGACAAAGUUUCCGCCGAAGAAGCGCAAUUGCUGCGGCAUGACAGUGCGCACGCCCAACUCAUCUCGAUUCGCCGACAACAUCCAUUCUCGCAUUCUCGCCAAGUUUCCUUUUCUAAUCGAGAUGUUCUAUUGGGCACUGAACCUGCUGUUUUAUACUUUGACUAAGGCGAUCGCGCAAGUCGCCUUUUCUGGCUACACUGGUCUGCGAGAGCUGGCUCAAGACCACGGCAUUCUCAUUCUCGACAUUGAGCACAAGUCCUGGCUGAGAUUCUUGUUUCCUAUCCAAGAAAGCGAGUUUCAGGCCUGGUUUCUCAACAACCACCUCUCUGUUAUGACGUUCUUGAACCGCAUCUACUCUCUCGUCCAUAUUCCCGGUACAAUUGCCUUUCUGUCAUGGUACUACUACGCCGCACCUUCACACUCGGCGUUCGCCACUGUUCGUCGAACAAUGACGCUAGGUAAUUUCGCCGCCUUUUUCAUCUUCACCUUCUUCCCGUGCAUGCCUCCACGCCUGUUGCCGAAGGAAUAUGGGUUCCACGACACCGUGCGCCAGGCCAACGCCGAGUCUGUCUGGGUGGGCGGCAACUACGUCAACCAACUCGCGGCCAUGCCGAGUCUUCAUUUCACCUACGCUUUCUGUGUUGGAUCUACCUUUAUCUACCAUUCUGGCAUCUUUCGACGGUCACGCGGCCGCAACGAGCCACGCAAGUCCAUCUUCACGCAGAUCUUUUUCCUCGUCGCAGGCAUCUGUUACCCUCUUUUGGUCUUGACGGUCAUUGUUGCCACCGCAAACCAUUACUGGCUCGAUGCCGUGGUCGCCAUGUUUACCACCACCUUGUCCCUGCUGUGCAACAAGGUCUGGUUCUUCUUGUUGCCGGCCGAGGAUAUUCUGUGCUGGAUUCUCAGGGUCGACAAGCCUGCCCCGACAACCGGACAGAGAUUACUGGAUUCGCAAUCGGCCAAGUACCAGGUGGUCAAAGAUGAGGAAGAUUUGAGCUGAAAGGGAAAAAAUAUUAUGAUGGCUUGAACAAGUUGCUGUACUUCUUGCCCCAUUAAUCCUUGGUCCUGUGCCAGUAGAGGCAAGCAAAACCAAAGGGGAGAAAGUAAACAGACAGAAGUGUUUGUUCUCGAUAAAAUCAGCUCCCAGGAUUGGCUUGACAUUCUUGGACAUUUUUAAUUUACAAAAUUGGACUCCAAAGUGUCUGUCUACUAUCUGCCUGCCGGUCUGUCAUGGGGGAUUUGUCAAAGCAGCGGCAAAAGCGUUGCCUUGGUUUCGAACCGAGCAAGUCUCGACUCGAUCUGCCCCCCCAUGGCUGUAAAGCGAAGGGUCUUGAACAGCAGCGGCCAUUUGUUCUUGGAGUCUAGUCCGUGCCUUUUUCCUUGGACCGGGUCACGGUGUUGGCAGGAAAAAUAUAGAUGGGACUACUCAGCACCGGUAGAAUAAAAAUAAUUCGGAGUUCCGGCUUGAAUGAGUAUUUGGAAUUGACAAAUUAUUGAUGUUAUUUUGUUUUUGGGGUAUUCAAUCAGAUGCUGACGGGACAAUAGUACUUGUACUGCAGUGAUCACCGACACUAGUAGUACAUCGCUCGGCACACUGGCAUGGUUAUACUGUAGUAUCUAACAACCACAACCAACUUGAACUACCAAUUAUAUAUACCUGGGUACCUCCGAGGGUACCAGUAGAGUAGUCAGAGCUUUGCUUUGUUUUGGGAAUUUUCGUUUUUUC